AUGUAAAUGGUUGUGAUAAUCGGAUUAUUUCUCUAUUAGGUCCUGCAAUAGGAUCAAUCCAAAAGGAAACAUUAUAUAGUAUAAUAUAACUCUAUUAAGAUUGCUCACUCCUAUGGAAUCCUCUAUAUCUUAUAAUUGUUAUUACUCUCCUUGAAGUGGAACUCCUUUUUCUAAUACUCCUAUUACCAAACCUUCAUCAUCGCUUGGACUGCCUUGGGAGUGAACACUUUUUUAAUUGUCCUCCUGCUUAUCACUUUAGUAGAGAAUUGUUUCAUCAAAGACAUACCUGAAAUGGAUGGUACAACAUUAUUAAAUCAAGGAUCAAUCAUUCUAUGGCUGAUAUAUUAUAUCUUUGGACUCACAGUAAUACCAUUCUUCCUUCUGAAGGAGAUCUGUUAAUUUUAUGAAAAAGAUACAAUCCAAAUUAACAUCAAAAUAGCUGGAAUAGCUAUUUUGAUAUCCCUAAUACUUUACAUGAUCUCCUUUCUAUUCUUUACUAAUAAAGUCAGGAAACAAUUGAUAAUUGUUUUACAAUUGGAAGGUAGGUAGACUCAUGCAGAAAUUAGAUCUCCAAAAUCUCCCAAAUCUCCUGAACCAGAGUCACCAAAAGCUAAAUGGUCUAAGCUCUAAAUCCCAAUUUUAUUUAUUAGGGUUUCGGCUUCUUUUUAUAAAUUAAUAACACGAAAAACAGCAAAUGAAAUAAACAAUAGAAAUAUUAGUUCAAUUCCAAUAUGUAGUGAUGUUUUAAGGCCUGACUCUCUUAAUUUUAGAUAGUCUCCUUGUUUGACGAUGAUAAAAUAAAUCAAAUCAAUCCCAAGAGAUUAAGACUCUUGUGAUAUUUGCUUAAUUUGCUUUGAAAAUGAGCCAGAUAUUGUUUUAUAUCCAUGCAAUCACGGCGGUAUCUGCACAGGAUGUUCUGAAAAUCUUAUGAAGACUACCAAGUAAUGUUUCUUAUGCAGAACAGACAUAAAGUACACUUUCAAAAUAAACCAAAAAGUAGGAGAAAUCUUAGAAGUCACAGAUGUAUAAAAAGUUUGA